GGCUGUCAUGCUUGUCGUGACAAACAAAAUUUCGACUCAUUCCGUGAUUGCUGUUUUCAACAAUCUGGUGCGUUGUUUUCAGUGGAAACUCCGGCUUUUUACCAUAAAUCACGUUUCAGCUAGAACUGUAAAGAAGAUGUACCCCGCUGGAGGUAACACAAUGGCCGGUCCGUUCUGGAGCAAUGGUCCCGCUCCCGGCGCUUUCUACAACUUCCCGGGCAACUCAGCCACUGCAGGAGCAAUGCAGGCACCACGUUCGGAUACUCCCGGUGAAUUUGGCACACAACGUUCGUACUACCCAGUGACCACCGGCACAUCCGUGGUCGGAUUGAUGUUCAAAGAUGGCGUGAUCAUUGCGGCCGACAAGCUGAUUUCGUACGGAUCGCUGGCACGCUUCCAUGAUGUGGACCGGGUGUACCGUAUUAAUGACAAGACUGUGCUUGGCGUCGGUGGAGACUUUGCCGACUUCCAGUACAUCAAGCGUCACAUCGAUCAGAAGGUCAUCGACGAUCAGUGUCUGGAUGAUAAGAACGAAAUGAAGCCACGCUCGUUCUACAACUGGCUCACCCGGGUGAUGUACAACCGGCGUUCCGAUUUCCAGCCCCUCUACCUCGAUCUCGUCAUUGGCGGUAUGCAGGACGGCGAACCUUUCCUCGGGCACGUUAACCUGCGGGGCCGUUCGUACACCAGCAAUGUCGUAGCGACCGGGUACGGUACCCAUCUGGCCCUGCCACUGUUGCGCGAGUAUUCGGAAAAUCCCGAAGCCUACCAAAACCUGGGCCAACCGCAGGCAAACGAUCUGAUGAAGCGCGUCAUGGAGGUGCUAUGGUAUCGUGAUUGCCGCAGCGACCCGAAAUACUCGCAAGCCGUCUGCACGGCGAGCGGUGUGCAGGUCGAUGCGGAUUGUUUCGUCGCACAGAACUGGGACUUGGCUCACACGAUCAAGGGUUACUGAGAUGCUUGGUGCAGGGGGUGUUUGGGUCGGUUUCCAACGGAGGAAGUAAUUUACAAGCAAAACUUCUAAUAAAAGCAAGUGGGUGAACCUUUUGAUGGUGUAAUUAAA